UGGUGGAGUGCAUUCUCAGCUCACCUUCAUGUUGCCCAUUGUCUUCUUUGCAUUCAUCCUUACUUGGUGCUUAACCAAAGGCAACUGCAUCUCCUAUGAUGAGCUAAAAGAUCUGAAGAUUGAAUUUGCAAUCAAUCUCUACCGCCAUGCCUCUGAAGCAGAGAACAGAACCAACUUGGUCAUUUCCCCAGCAGGUGUGGCCAUUUCUUUGGAGCUGCUGCAGUUUGGAGCUCAAGGGAAUACCUUCAUGGAGCUGCAGGAUGCUCUAGGAUACAACGUUCAUGAUCAAAGCGUGCAGGAUAUGUUGCACAAGGUGUACGAAGGAGCAGCUGACUCUGGCCAGGGUGCUGUGGUGCAGCUGGCAUGCUCCCUCUUCAUGCACUCUGGUGUGCAGCUCUCACCCCACUUUGCUGCACGUGUCGUGCACUGGGCCAACAGCAGCCUUCAGCAAGCCAACUUCACCGACCCCAACCAAACUGCAGCCCAGAUACAGGGGUGGAUCACCGGUAACCUCGCAGGAGCAGGACAGCCCACGUCUCCCUGUCCAUCUCUCUCCCUUGCAGACAGGGAUGUGCAUGCUGUGCCUUCUGAGGAAGCCGUGUCACCGCUCAGCCGGGUUGCUGUGGUGAGCACCAUGUACUUCAAGAGCACGUGGCUGAAGAAGUUUUCCUUUAUGGAUACCCAGAUCUUGCCUUUUACCACGGCAGAGAGCUCAACCCUGAAAGUGCCCACGAUGCAUCACACAGCUGAAGUUAACUACGGUCAGUUCCAGACAGCAACUCAGGAUGCUUUCAGUGUUGUUGAGUUACCCUACCUAGGGGAGAAACUCAGCAUGUUCAUAGUGCUUCCCAGCCACAAAAGAACACCUUUGUCCCAGAUUGAGUCUCAUCUUUCUGCCAAAACCAUAACACUCUGGUCCAGCAGCUUAAAGAGGACGAAGAUGGAUAUUUUUCUACCUAGGUUUAGUAUUCAAAGCCUUUUUGAUCUAAAGACAGUUUUUUCUGCCUUGGGAAUUAGAGACGCAUUUGAUCCCACCGCUGCUAAUUUUAAAGGCAUUUCAGAGCAAGCUGGCCUUUAUAUUUCAGAAGCCAUUCACAAUGCAAAGAUUGAAGUAACAGAGGAUGGCACAAAGGCUUCAGGAGCUACAGCAAUGCUACUACUGAAAAGAUCUCGAACACCUAUUUUUAAAGCAGACAGACCUUUCACUUUUUUCCUGAGACAAGCCAAUACAGGUAUGAACACACACUUUCUGAUUCAGCAGCAGAAUCAUUCACAAGUAGCACCAAAAUUGGUAUGA